CGGAUAUCAACUUUCUUUGCGGGGUUGGUCUCAUUCUACAUAAAUGACUCUAGGCCAUUUUCAUUGUUGUUUGCCUCUAACUGGCAAGGUAGGUGUCCCGCAACAUGUCUUGCAGGUGCCGAUCUGCCACAUAUACAGCCAUCGGACGUCGCCUCGGAAUUGACCUGAAGAACGCCCACGACCAGAACCUAUCUUCCGAAAGGCGAAAAAAGCAUGGGGAGUAUGUAUUCACCUGUCCUUGAGACAGGGCGCAUCUUUUCUUUCCUUUGUGAUCAAGCCGAACGUCUCAAUCUUCCCUCAGAGGUGGUGAGAAACAAAGAUGCAGUGUCAUUCAACUCCGCUUACGAUGAGGUCUACUUCCCAAUCCCUUUUAAGGAGACAGAAACACUGGCUGCCCUGAAAGGAGUCGAAGGGUCAGUGGCAGCUGCUAUCGCAAAUUUACGCUACGGAUCUCAAAAACGGAAUGUGAAGGUCAACCUUGAGCGAGCUACAGCAUUUGGUUGCCAGGCAUACAUGGCUAAGGUCGACGGACUGUCCAAGCUAGACCCGGAGGUCAAAAAGAAGUUGAAAGAUACCGACUUUCUUGCUGCGCAGUCUAAUGGCUACCGCCGGAUGUCUGCGAAUCUAUACAGGACCAAGAAAGAGGGCGAAUUCUUCCAUAUUCAUGGCUCCCUCGAGGCUACGACGACCUUAAACAUGAUAGGACUGGAUGGACACCGUCCAGAUUUGACGGAUUAUGAAGAAAUUAUCAAAGUUAUCGAGAGCCACGUGCAGAAAUACACAGCCGAAGAAUUGGAAGCAAUGAACAAGGAGAGAAGACAGGCUGGUGUGACGGCAUUUAAAUACGAAGAUUUUCUUAAAACUCCACAUGGUGAACUCAACGUCCAACAACCCCCGUGGAAAGUGUCCCGUCUGGGUGGUGAUAUACCUCCCACAGCCUUUCCUGCUAGUCGCAAUGGGAGCAAGAAGAUCCUCGAAGGAAUUAGAGUCCUGGAGCUCUGUCGCAUUAUCGCCGGCCCUACUGUUGCACGGAUCUUGACCGAGUACGGAGCAGAUGUCUUGAAAAUCACUAGCCCGAGCCUCUCAGAUGUGCCAUUCUUCCAGGUGGAUGGUAAUAUGGGCAAACAUGCUGCUGAUUUGAACCUAAAAACGGAGGAAGGAAGACGUCAGUUUGAAAUGCUUUUGGCCGAUGCAGAUGUCGUCGUCGACGGAUAUCGCCCAGGUGCUAUUGAGAAACUGGGCUAUGGUCCUGACGCUCUUGCCUCAUUGGCAGAGAAACGUGGAAAAGGGAUCGUAUACGUAAAUGAGAACUGCUUCGGAUAUGAGGGAGAAUGGGCUGGGCGCGCAGGUUGGCAACAGAUUGCGGACUGCGUUACCGGCAUUGCAUGGGCACAGGGACAGUUCAUGGGUCUCUCGAGCCCUGUGGUUCCUCCCUUCCCCAUCUCAGAUUAUGGCACAGGCUGCAUGGGUGCCAUUGCAGCAUUGACCGGCCUCUACCAUCGAGCGAAGAAUGGCGGCUCCUACCAUGGUAAAGCGUCUCUGAUGCACUAUGAUUUGCUGCUUUUUGCUGUUGGAAUGUACCCCGAGGAGGAACAGGACAAAAUGCGAGCUGCACUGCCCCAAGAAUUCUUCAAAUUGAGACACUGUGAUAGUGUGGACCGUAUCUCAUCGACUGUCUUGAAGAUUAUGCAGGCUCGAUUCCCUCAUCUCUAUGACAACGAGCAAGACGCACUCACAGAGAAAUGGUACUCCAAGGCAUACAACGCGGAUAUUGAAGUUGUCCGACCAGUUUGUGAAAUUGAAGGCGUUGAGAACAAGUUUGACAGGGCGUCUCGACCCAACGGUACCGACCGGGCGAGCUGGGAGGACUUCAAGGUCUCUGAAGAAGACUACAAGGCUUAAUCGGCCUAGUUCGUAUAUAGCUCAUACAAUUUGUAAAUCAC